UUUGAAAAUCUUUAUAUUGAAAACCGGAACUUGUCUGUGUUUAGCUGUGUGCUGGUUUGACGCUGCUGUCUGGGUCGCUCCUGGUCUGUUUACAGAUGCGACUUAUCAGAGAGAUGUCAUAAAACCACCUGGAUUUAAUCACUUUAAUUAAUCACCAUGAAGCUGCGAGUUCGGAUCAACCGACAGACCAGUAGGGUGGAGUUACCGGGAGAAGAACCCAGUCUGAAGGAGCUCACAGAUCUUAUCAAGGACACGGUUCUGUCUUCUCACGGACUCAGUGCAGACACUCAGUUCCGUUUGUCUCUGAACGGCUCUGAGCUUCUGACAGACUCCGGUCAGACUCUGUCGUCCUGCGGCAUCGUCUCUGGAGAUUUGGUCUGUGUCGUCCUGCCUCAGUCUGCAGCCGACAACUCCACCAACUCCACCAACUCCACCAACUCCACCAACUCUACCAACUCUACCAACUCUACCAACUCCACCAACUCCACCAACCCCACCAACCCCACCAACUCAAACCGCUCCACCAACUCCAUCAACCCCAACAACUCUACCAACCCCACCAACCCCACCAACUCAAACCGCUCCACCAACUCCAACAACCCCAACAACCCCAACAACCCUACCCACUCAAACAGCUCCACCAACAGACCGACCAGCAGCUCAGAGAACCAGAGGCAGCAGCAGAACCAACAGACAGCCGCCAUGACCUCCAACCAGGUGAGUGAUUCACCUGUGGAACCAGAACAUGCAGCGGUGGAAGAACCCGGCAGCAGCAGCAGCAGCAGCAGCAGCAGACCUGCGAGGACGGAGUCCGAGGAGACCGGCGAGGUGCUGGACUCUGAUCCGGCGGCCCCUAGCUGGGAGCCAAUGCUGUGCAGCGAGGCGGAGGACGGUCAGGCUCCUCUCUCUCUGGAGCUCCUCCACCACUCGGCCCAGACCAGCAGUCCCAGCGACGCCAUCAUGGUGGCCGGACACCUGCUGAUGAUCGAAACUGGCUUCGUUCCUCAGGGCUGUGAGCUGAAGGCCGGUGAGAUGCCUGCAGGCUGGAGGUCUCCGGCUGGACUCUACAAGCUGCAGUACUCUCAUCCUCUGUGUGAGAGCAGCCUGGCCAUGGUGGUGGCUGUGAGUAUGGGCGCCACGCUCGUCAUCAACGCGACUCUGAAGGUGAACGAAACCGUUGACACGGUCCGUAAACUGUGUCUGAAUCCAUCCAGCUACGUGACCAACGAGUGGCCAGGAGAAAGUGCAGCUGCAGCAUUCAGAGAUCUGAACAAACUGUCCCGACUAUUCAAAGACCAGCUGGCGUACCCGCUGAUCGCUGCCGCCAGAGAAGCGAUGGCUCUGCCUGUGGCGUUCGGUCUGGCCGCUCUUCCUCCCGAACUCCUCCUCAGAGUCCUCAGACUGCUGGACGUCCAAUCGGUGGUCCGACUGUCUUCAGUCAGCCGACACUUCAACGUCUCCACCGCCGACUCCUCGCUGUGGAGGCACCUGUACCGCCGCGACUUCUCAGCUCGAGAUGUCAACAGGUCCAGAGACACCGACUGGAGAGAGCGUUACAAAAGGUUUUAUCAGAUUCGCUCUGAUCUGCGUCACGCGGCCCGUCACCACCCCGUCCCUCCGUUCCACCGGAACCCCAGGGACCUCUUCAGCUGCGUCCCCGUCCCGUUCCACCCCGCGGUGCCCGGCAUCAUCGGGGGCGAGUACGACCAGCGGCCGAGCCUCCCCUACGCCCUCCUGCCACGCCCUCGCCACGACCCCAUCGGCCCGCCGCCGGGCCUCAACGGACGACUUCCCCGAGUGAGACCGACGGGAGGACGACCUGCAGACAUCCGGCGAGGAUUCAUCUGACGACCGAUCAGAGCUUCUUCUGCACCAAUAAAACAACACCGAUGAUCAAUAAAUAACUCCAGUGUUCAUUCAUACCGAGUAGAGACGGGAGUUUAUUCUGCUCACAUACUCCUCAAUUAAUGUGUUUAUUAGAAUAACACCGCACAGCACAGCUUUUACAGAAAUAAAAGAUAUUUUUACUUUUACUUAUAAAGUUAAAAGUUGUUAAAUGAUGUCUUAAAAUGAUGACCCUUCUUAUUAUUAUCUUGGCAGGACGGAGAAAGACGUGAUGUUUUCUGCUUUAAACUGGAAGAAUCUGCAGAAGAAAUAGAAACUGAUGAAUCUGACUUUUGUAAAUGUUACAGUAAAAAAUGUCUCUUA